AGUACAAUUUACACACGGCUUUAGUUAGGAGUUUUAAGAAAGAAAUUUAAAUAUAUUUCGUUGAAAGAUUUAUUAAAAAGAAAGAACCAUGGAAUUUCCCAUACCAGAGGCUCAGUACUGGGACGUUUCGAAGAAAUCCCAAAAAGAUCGUCAGAUGAUUCGUAAAUUCGUGCCCGAGGCGGUCGACCUGGCCACCAUAAGUCGUGCAGAGAUCUACAGGAUUGACACAUUCUAUUUGGAGUGCCAGAAGUACCGGGAUCACUAUCGUGACCCCUACGGCAAGGUUCACUGUCCGCCGUUCUUCCACCUGCACAAGGGCAAGUGCGGAAUCAAGCUGGACCAGAGCGUCAUCAAGAUGACACAGGCGAUUGCCGCAACUGUGGACCGGCAGCCCAUAGUGUUUCCCCUGAUUCCGAACAAGAGCAUGUUUUUGGGUGGUAGUAUUCCAAUGGGGUCACAAACAUCCCAGGUUGGCGUCACUAGCUAUCUCAGAUAAAGAAAGUAUAACUUUUGUUAGCUAAUGUAUCAGAGCAGAGAUAUAGUACAAAAAUCUUUCGAGCAAGAAGGUAUAACUAUCUGUUAGAUACACCUAAAUAUACAAUAGCUUGUUGCAAAUACUUGGUUUAUU